UUGACAGGCUCAGUUUUAGAAGAUGCCUGGAAAGAAAGAGGAAAGAAUGAUAUGGAGGAAAUUAUUCAGAGAAUUGAAAAUGUUGUGUUGGAUGCAAACUGUAGCAGAGAUGUAAAACAUAUGCUUCUGAAAGUAGUGGAAUUACGAUCAAGUAACUGGGGUAGAGUUCAUGGAACUUCUCCACAUACAGAAUCUACCCCUGAAAAUGACCCUAACUAUUUUAUGAAUGAACCAACAUUUUACACUUCUGAUGGCAUUCCUUUCACUGCAGCAGAUCCAGAUUACCAAGAAAAAUACCAAGAACUACUUGAAAGAGAGGACUUAUUUCCAGAUUAUGAAGAAAAUGAAACAGAUUUAUCAGGACCUGGAGAUCAGUAUUUUAAUGACCUUGAUAACAAGAUGGAUCCAGAAAUUGAAGAAGCAUAUGAAAAAUUCUGUCUAGAAUCAGAACAUAAGAGAAAACAGUGA